AGCAUCAAAGAACAAAGAUCAGAGCUUUCAUCCUUAUCCUCUUCACUCAACAAUGGAAGUGAUGUCUGCUUCAAGAUCCUCUUCUUCCACUUUGAAUCCCAACGCUCCCAUGUUCGUUCCUCUUGCUUACCGUACGGUCGAGGAUUUCUCUGACCAAUGGUGGGAACUUGUUCAUUCUUCACCCUGGUUCCGCGACUAUUGGCUCCGUGAGCGCUUUCAGGAUCCUCAGAACGAAGCUUUCGACUUUGAUUUUGAUGAAGAUGCUAUCUUUCGUGAGCUUCAUCAACUUGUUGACACGCAAGAAGGAGUUGAAGAAGGAAGAGAAGGGAAAGAGUUGGUGAAAUUGGGAUCACUGAAAUGGCAGAAAGAUGCAAAAUUUGUUGAAGUUCCAAGGUAUGCAGAGAAGGCACCCAAGAUUGUGAAGAACAAUAGGGUGAGUCCAAGGGCAAUUCACCAACCUAGGUAGAGAGAUAAGAGUAUAAGACUUAAGAGGGAGAGUGUUUCACUCGGUUUGUAAUCUACUACCAUCUUUGUACAUAUAUAAGAGUAGGGUUGUAGAUGAUGAUGAUGAUGAUGAUGAUGUUGUGGCUUCUAGAGCCUUUGUGUUAAGAUUUCCCCAUUUCCUAGGUUUGUUUUUUAUUUAUCAUUUCUGAACAUGCUGUUGUUCUUGGCCUUUUUUUCAUGUAAAGAAAAAGAAAAAAGGAAAAAGUAAUAAUAACUGAAUUUGACAUCUA